AUACACAACAAAACAAAGAAGUGCAAAAGCUGCAAAGGGCUAAAAUGAAGGCUAACAAGACGCGGGCGGUGCGCCUCACCAGUUUGACGGAGGACGUGGCCGCCGUUCCCGAGGAUGCACCCUUCCGCGCACGCCUGCACCUCCUGUUCACCCAGAUCGAGCGGGAAUUCGAGCAGCUCUACCUGGAGAAUCAGACAUUGCAGGAGAAACUGGAGAUUGCCACCAAGGAGUCGGCGAUGCAGCAGGAUCAGCGCUUGGCGGCCGGAGGAUCACUGAGCACCCAGGCCUCGUCCACCGCCCUGGCCACACAAGCUACCCAGGCGGAUGAGGUGGCCGGCAGCUUCCUGGCCGCCGCAUCCAGCACACACAAGAGCCUGAAGGCCAAGCUGAGCAGCGCCACCGGCGGCAGCAAGGCGAAGGCCAGCAACAAGAUCAAGGCCCAGACCAGCCGCAUCGUGUCCAGCUUCAAGGCGCCCACAGUGGUCAGCACGGUGGUGCGGGAGUUCGGCGGCCACAAGGACGGCAUCUGGCAGGUGGCCGCCAAGGCGGGACAGCCCAUCAUUGGCACCGCCUCCGCCGAUCACACGGCCUGCAUUUGGGGGGUGGAGAGCGCCCGGUGCCUGCUGCAGUACCAGGGACACGCGGGCUCCGUGAACUCCAUCAAGUUCCACCAGCACCGGGAUCUCGUGCUUACUGGGAGUGGAGAUGGAACUGCCCACAUCUGGCAGGCUGCCGUCAACUGGGAGGUGCCCAAGAAGGGUCAUUCCUCUGAGGAGGAACUGGAUGACAGUGAUGAACAGGUGGAGGAUCGGGAUCGAGUCGACACCUUGCGCACUCCGCUCUGCGAGUUCACCGGCCCCGGAGGACAUCUCUCCGUGGUGGUGGCCGCCGACUGGCUGUCUUCGAUGGACCAGAUCAUCACGGGCAGCUGGGAUCGCACGGCCAUCCUGUGGGAUGUGGAGACGGGCCAGCCACUGCAGCCGCUAACCGGCCACGAUCACGAGCUGACCCACGUGUCGGCACAUCCCACCCAGCGUCUGGUGGUCACCGCCUCCAGGGACACCACCUUCCGGCUGUGGGACUUUCGAGAGGCCAUUCCGGCCGUCUCGGUCUUCCAGGGACACACGGAAACGGUCACGUCCAGUGUGUUUGCGCGGGACGAUAAGGUGGUGUCCGGUUCGGAUGAUCGCACAAUCAAAGUGUGGGAGCUGCGCAACAUGCGAUCCGCCCUGGCCACCAUCCGCACGGAUUCCUCGGUCAACCGACUGGCAGUGUCCAGUGGCGGGAUCAUCGCCAUACCGCACGACAACCGACAGAUCAGGCUGUUCGAUUUGAACGGGCAGCGAGUGGCCCGGUUGCCGCGAACCAGUCGACAGGGCCACCGGCGCAUGGUGUCAUCUGUGGCCUGGGCUGAGGAGCCGCUGCUCGACUGCGAUCUCUUCUCGUGCGGCUUCGAUCGACGCGUUUUCGGCUGGUCCAUCGUCCUGCCGAAGGACAAUUGAAGGCGGCUCAAGCGGAGGGCUGCUCCAAAGGAAUGAAACAUCUCUCUCGAACAAAGGCAUCCCUAAGCGAUGCUCAUACUUAUGUGUAACCGUUUAUCAUAGAUCAAGUAUUAGGUGUCGCCCUCUGAGUGUAAUUAUCGUUGCUUUUUGCCAAAUAGUCGUGGCAUAUCGUGCUGCACGAACUACAUAUACUAAUUAUCAUUGUUAUAGCAUACAUAUGCAUUGGGAUGUUGGGAUGAAGGACACGGCGUGCAGAGCUUCCGGCGUCCAGUUCCGAUUUUAUCUGUGUUUUACUACCAUAAUACAUAUUAUAGAUGUCUAAGGCAUUAACGUUUUAGCGAACAUGAAUAAACAUAAUCAAGCGCCCGAUUCAUUGAUGGGUAUAUCCUA